GAGCUCCGUUCAACUCUCGCCAACGAGCUUUCCUUCCCACUUCGCACAUGUGAUGUCCAUCGAAGUCGAUUGGGGGACCGCCACCUCUGGUCCGGACGGCGAGGCUCUGGCUGAGCGCAUCCGCUCCUUCAUCCACGAUAAAUUCCAGGAAGUGCCCCUUCCACGCUUCAUCCGCUCCGUACAGGUCCACUCCUUCGACUUCGGAACAGUUGCUCCUGAUCUAGAGAUCAAAGACUUCUGUGAACCGUUCGUCGAUUUUUACGAAGAUGACGAGGAUGGUGCCUCGUCCGACAUGUCCGAAGAGCUUCACGACAACCCUUGGGAAAGACCGCAAUCUGAAUUCAACGAAUCUUCAUAUCGAGACGAUUUACCGAUAACUGGACGGCAUUCGCUUCGAAAUCCCUUCGAUACAGACCAUCAUGCCUCCUCCCCAUUAAACUCGCCGAUAGACCACUUGAAUCCACACUUCCUACCCCGCGCUGGCACUCCAGGUAUCCCCGGCGGAACCUCGACAUUGGGUUACCACCUCAUGUCUCUAGGUGGCCUCUCUGGUACCCAGACCCCUCUCGCCGCUGUCGCGGGUGGUUCGCCUUUUACCAACAACUGGGCGGACCCGGUAGGACAAGGGGGCAGAUCUGGACAUCGACCCUCCCCACUCCACCGCAUAGACGGGGAUGUCGACUCCAGCAACCCAACCUCCCGCCCCUCAACGGCAAGCACUCAUCCUCCAGGCUCAAACAAGAACAGCGGCAGUGCAUCUUCCCACCCCGACGAACAGCAACACCACCUUGCCCACGAUCCCGCCUCAUCUUCAGCACAACCACUCCACCCCCCACCACGCAUGCGAGAACGCCGACCCGAGGACUUCCAAAUCCUCUGCCAUGCCAAAUAUUCUGGCGACAUCCGCCUCUCUCUAACAGCUGAAAUCCUUCUCGACUACCCCAUGCCCAGUUUCGUAGGCCUUCCCCUAAAAUUAAACGUCACUGGCAUAACCUUCGAUGGAGUCGCAGUAAUCGCACACAUCCGCAAACGCGUCAACUUCUGUUUCCUAUCUCCUGAAGAUGCGGAAGCCCUAGUUGGCCCCGAUCCUACGCCCGAUGCUCACCGCAACCAGCAUGAGACCAGCGGUGCCUCUAAUAAUAAUAAUAAUAACGCCAAUGCAGGGUCGCAUCAGAAAGGCCAUGGCUUAUUACAGGAGAUCCACGUGGAGAGUGAAAUCGGUCGCAAGGAAGACGGGAAGCAGGUCCUCAAGAACGUCGGCAAAGUCGAGCGGUUCGUUCUCGCCCAGGUUCGACGCAUUUUCGAGGAAGAGCUUGUCUUCCCUAGUUUCUUUACGUUUCUUAUCUAGUUUUAAAACUUGUUUACUUAGAUACCAUAUUUGACACCUCUUUGUAUUAUUAUCGAUCUACUUAGCAAACGGCCACUUACGCAUUAUGCAAUUUUAUGGGCUUAAUCUUCAUUUAAUAUGACGGUAUGCCACUUCACUACGGCUUUUUUAUCUAUGUAUCAGCUACCCCCACAAUUGAGAGAGAAGCAUAACAGCAUACACAGGACGGGAUCAAGUGGACAAAAGGAACAAUUGGAGAAUUUAGAUACUAAACAAUAAUAAGCAGUAGGGCG